AUGGGGCCUGCAGAUUCUGCCUCAAACCUGUCCAACCAGUUGUUUGGGAGGAGGGGGCACCUGGGAGGGGCAGCAGGAGGGGCCAGGAGCAGCCUCCCCCAUCCAGCACAGGCAGAGGAACCUUCAGGGCAGUGGACGCUUCAGACAGACCCUUGGCAGGAUAGACUGACAGACGGCUGGGUGCUUGGCCUUGCCAUGGGGCACAGAAGGGGACAGUCCCAGCUCCUCAUGCCGCUGUUGGUACUGCUGACCUGUGUCCAGACCCGGAUGGGCCUGGAGCACAUCAGUUAUGUGCCCCAGCUCUCAGAAGCCACCCUGGCGGGGCGGCUCACCCAGUCCACCUUCACGCUGGAGCAGCCACAGGGCAUAUUCAGUGGCCCCAACAUCUCAGAUAAGGACAUCAUCUGCCUGGUAGUGGCCUACAGCAAUGCCACCCCAAACUUUAAGGCCCCACAGAGGGUAGAGGAUAGCCCUGCUCCUGCCAACUUCUCCUGGAGUCGUUACUACCUCACACUGAUGGCCUACCGGGCACUUUACUCUGGCAGCCGGGCCGGCAGCCAGGCCAGCAGCCAGCUCAGUAUUCUCCGAGUUGGCAACAACACCCACUGUGCCCCAACAACUAUGGGCUGCAACUAUCCCCUGCCAGGCCCAGGCCCCUACAGGGUGAAGUUCUUAGUGAUGAAUGACAAGGGACCUGUGGCUGAGACAGAGUGGUCCAGCAAGAUCCAGCUGCUCCAAGCCCAGGCAAUCCAGGAUGGCAGGGGGCCCCAGAGUCCAGGCACCGUUGUCAUCAUUGCCAUCCUGUCGAUCUUCCUCGCCAUCCUUCUCACUGCCCUUCUCACUGUGCUCAUAUACACCUGCUUCCACAGCUGCAGGAGCGCCCCCAUCUCGGGCCAGGAUGGGACAGGGAAUGUGAGCAGAUACACCACCCACCAUGAGUCCACUCUGGCUGCAGGGAGCUCCUGA